GGGCCUACGCCGUGAGUGACGUAAUAACACAUGCAAAUCAGCAGUCUGUUAGUUCAGAGAGUCGGCGCCAAAGGAAGCCUUUAUAAAAGCGCAAGUUUGAAUUACAGGAGCAGUCUAUUACAGAAAGCUGUUGUGUUUGUUCCAGAAUGUCUGGUAGAGGAAAGACUGGUGGCAAGACCCGCGCCAAGGCUAAGACUCGCUCUUCACGGGCCGGUUUGCAGUUCCCCGUUGGUCGUGUUCACAGGCUUCUAAGGAAAGGCAACUAUGCCGAACGUGUGGGUGCUGGAGCUCCCGUCUAUUUGGCUGCUGUGCUUGAGUAUCUGACCGCUGAAAUUCUCGAGUUGGCCGGUAACGCUGCUCGCGACAACAAGAAGACCAGAAUCAUUCCUCGUCAUCUGCAGUUGGCAGUACGUAAUGACGAGGAGCUCAAUAAGUUAUUGGGUGGUGUGACCAUCGCUCAAGGUGGCGUGUUGCCGAACAUUCAGGCCGUACUUCUGCCCAAAAAGACCGAGAAACCUGUUAAGAGCAAAUAAAUUGCUGGGAUAAUACUUUUCUAAACCUCAACGGCUCUUUUCAGAGCCAC